AUGUUUAGGUCGGUGCAGUUAGUGUACGUGAAUCAUAUUUUACCGUCAGUGGCGCUGGAGAAGUUACCAUUUGAACCACACUUCCCGUUUGAUUCAUACAACUUGAAAAGAUCUCUGAGUUUUAUUUCGACGCUUACAAAACAAUUUUCACCGCUUGCUGAAGAUAAGAAUGUUCUGAAAUGUGAAUUGUUAUGGAAACGAGCAAAUCAGGAAGUGGAUAUCCAGAAGGUUGAGGAAACUAUCGGCUCAUGGGAGUUUUUGCAAGAUAUCAGGCGCGAUCAGAACGAGAAAAUAGCAAAUAUUCUGUUUACGGCAGCGGACAAGGAUUUAAUCAUGGUGCAUACUUUCAUUUAUAUUCUGCUGAUUUUGGACAGUUCAUUCCUAACAAGCAUGCAGUUUUAUCCUUUCAUUCGUUCAUUUUUGAAAUUACUGGAAAAUUAUAUUUUAUAA